AGAAUACAAAGUUUUUGGUUUCAAGAACGUUCAACAUUCGCAUUGUAUGUAUCUUGUGCCACUGUGUGUAGUUUGUCCCACGCCCUAGAACACGUUGCAGAAUCAUGGUCGUUCCUGCCGGCGAUAAAGCUGCGAAAACGCUGCUGCAACAGCGCGGCGCCGCGCCAGAGGAGGCGCUGAAGGUGCGCCAAUGGACCAGCCUGGAUAAGAAGGCUACAAAAGCUUUUUCGGGUCAAAGCGGGACUGUCACGCUCACGUCUACGCCGAAGAAGGAAAGGGGUACUGCUACACUCACCUCGACACCGAAGAUGGAUCACGCAUCUUCAAGAGCUAACCUGGUGUCGGGUGGUGCCCUUGUGAACAUGGGAUCUACGGCCACGAUUACUGGCAGCAUCAAAGUAUCACCGGGACUGGGGUCGCCGCAGGCUUCGAGCACUGUUGUAUCGAGUUCCGCGGAUGUUGAGCACUUAGAUUUAGGGCUGGUUGAAAUACGUUGCGUAGAACUCACCUGUUCAAAGGACUUAGUAGGACUACUAGAGAUCAACCACCUAUUUUAAUUUUUUUGAUUUAUCUUUUCUCGCCUUGCUAGUACGACGACCUGGUAAAACCGCUUAUCAUCUUCAAUAGGCUUCUCUAAUCCACGGGCGUGGGAAGCGGCGUAGGAGCAUCCGUAAAGCACGAACGGACACUGCCGUGAAGGCCGGAAGGAUGUCGCAGAAAAUGCAUUUCGAUGUCAACGCAGCUUCUGAGACGGGAACUGAUGAAACACUUACCGCCGGAACAGGUACCCAGAACGGAGCUUCAACUCUCGAAGCCUACAAAUCAACCACACACGCACCGAUUCCGCAUCAGAAAGACAGUACCGCGACUGCGAUGAUGAAUCUAUUUGGGCUUUGCGCGUGUGUCGGGACGUCGAUCUACGUUCUCCCGGUGACGUUUUGCCUUGACGUUCUGUUUGUGCAUUGGAUCGUUUGGGCAGUGGCGCAUUGUUUCUUGUGCAAGUUGGUGAUGUUUGCGUUUGUUCCGCAAGGCAGCGACUUGAACAGCACGGAACUGGACGGCGUGGCUCCUUGGUCGUAUAUCCUAUCGACGGUGCGUGCGGGUCUAUUUGCGCUCCUGGCACUGACCUCGCUGGGAUACCUAUUCUUUGUUGUGGUAAAAAUAAGGACUUUGCUGAAAAUGGAGAGGACAGGGGCUAUUUUGGAACCUAUUGGUGAACUAAAAUCAGUGACUAGUUGUACUCAGGAAAUAUUUCGCCUUGUUUUAGUGGUCUAGUCAUCUCAAAGAUCUUCAAACGUUUUUCCUUCGGCAUACAAUCACUUUCUGAAAAGGUCCCCGCUGCCCCGUCGGAACGCCAAGAUUUCUUCUUGAAUGCCCUCGAGUUUCGCUUUCCUCGUGACAAGCACUUGGAGACCUCACUGUGCCGGCAAAUCGUCACCCGCAACGCGACCUGGGGUAUCCAUGGCGUUCCGUGCAUGGUGGAGGACGAUAAUUUCCAAAAUCAGUUGGACACAGCUACGUUCGUGCGCCAAAACGCAGAGAAAUUGAGUGUCAUCUCAGCUCUAGAGUCGACUGCAGCCUCCGCUACAAGCUAUGCGCAGCAACUACAAGGCGCAAACCAAGCCCCCUACGAUUACUCCGAUAUUUACACGUAUUUGAAGAUGGCGACAGGCACAGUGGAUUCGGUCAUCUCUGGCGCGACAGCCUGUGUGCGUAGCAUCCUCUUUUUUUCGGAGUCAACUCUGACGGAAUUGGAGGACGAUCCAGCUUACUUGCAGCACAUUCACGGCUUCCAGAACACCUACGUAGGGUUUGAGGACGUUUCAACGUGGCUGGAUUUUGAAUUUCGGAAGCUGUAUAUGGUUGCGGGAGACACGAGCAACCUGAAUUCGACUCCAGAAAUCGAGCUGAUGAACCUGUGGAUCUGCGUUUUCUCGAGCUUUUUUUGCGGGAUGAUGCUCUCGGACCUUUACAACUACAAGUUAGGUGUUUCUGAAAUAUAUCAGAAUUUUUUUUGUCGAACCGGAAGCAGUAGAUCACAAGUAUUCCGUCUUAGGUUAGAACACACUCGAUACAAUGACUGCGCACAAUCACGUUGUAUUUGCAGUAUCCGCUAGACAUGCUACCCGAAUUGUAGUUUAGUACCUUCCAGACAUCAUGCUGCUCAUAUUCUCUAACCUGCGGCUUCCCCGCCCUUUGGGGUGAUAUCGGCUUGUGGUUUCACCACGGAUUUGCGGUGAUCUCGCUGACGCAUUUUUUUUGGUGUAAUUGCCGUGGUCCGGUCUUCUGUAUUACCGUUACCGUUGUGGGGGAGAUGGGGACCAGCGCUUUUUCUUUUGCAGCUUUGAAAUCCGACUCGAGAUUCAGGAGGGGGGUUUACUGGUACACUUAUAUCAGAAUUACAACAAUUACAAUGAACGAUAAUCGUGAUUCUGAUUCUAAGUAGCAGUUGAUGACUGAUCUCAAUCUAGUUCUAGAGAACCUUGUUACGAAGGUAUUGAUAAAUCCUAAUCUUUUCUUUGUCUCUGUUUCGACUGCAGUAUCCAUGCCUAAGACUUAGGACGCUGUGCAGCUUGAAUGAACGAUCAAAUCCAGGUUCGUAAUGUCCCUUUCGAAUAUUUUAAUGAUGCUGUCGUGGUUUGCGGUGAAGUGGUGCUGCUGGCCUGACUACUACUGGAGCUUUGCUUGGACAGUUUCCUUCACCGCACUGACGUGCGCACGACAGGCAGUCAUGCGUAGUAACAUUCAAACGUGGGCCGCAAAGUGUGGUGCUAUCGAUUCUUCAUCUGAUAGUGGCGACGACUCAGAAGAUGGUUCGAAGAGCAAAGUGGAGUGAGAAGAUUAGAUCUAUAGGGGAAGAAGUAGAAGUAGUAGUACUACUAGGAGCACUAGGUUUCCAAUUCCAUCUGAUAGUUUUCCAAGAAUGAUUAUGAUGAAAUGGACAUAGGCUCAGCCAUCACAGGAAUUUGACGAGUAGGGCUGAUAUCUUCAUGCGUAUAUGCGGAAGUCGGGUGGGCUGUUAAGCAUUCAUUGAUGCGAAAGGUAAUGGCACGCACGCUGUGGCUACAGCCCUCGAAAAUUUUCCUUGAGGUUACAAGUAGCUUUUUAACACCAGUAUGUUGCGGGAGGGAGUUUUUAGUAGCGCAGUUUGCGAACGUGCUGUAAAAGGGAAUUCGCGUUCGUUGUUUAUUUUUUUUCAAUGCGAAUGACACAAUGAAUAUUCUGGAAGGAAAACGGCAGCUUCUCUUCUAGCAGUUUGUAAUAGUAGUAGUACGCACGAACAUGGCGAGACCAAAAUAUGUACGGUCGGGUGGAAAUAUGAAGGGAGGCAGACUUUAAGACUAGUUUUUUGCACAGUGAAGCAUUGAGCAUCAGGCUGCAUAUAUCAUGGCUCAGAAAUACAUGUCCAACGAUUUUUGAACUAAUUUUCAUAGUCAUAACUGUUUGACGUUUUUCAUAUUCAGAUCAUCUAUAAAAAUGUAUGUUCAUGAUUAAGUGCAUAUCAUCGCCCAGUUGGACAUUCAGGGAAAUUCCCUGUUUUCAUCCAAGGGAACUUUUCCUCGUCUAGAUUACGAGGUUGCUCGGCUGGUUUAAACAGUCAACAUAGACUAGUAAAGGAACGAGUCGUGCGCAUGAGGGGAGGGUCUCUCCACUACGACCAAAUUGCGUACCAUCUUCUGUGCGCGUCAUGGGAGUUGUACUUGUCCACCUUCUCCUCGUUCAAGUGGAUCUCCAUGGAGGAAUGGCAAGGGACCUCCUACUAUUCGGUUCCGGUGGUUAAGCCAUGCUUCUUCACUGAUUCGGUGGAGAGGUGUGGUGUGUUGGUGUUUCGGAAUCACAUGGUACUUCUAGUUAGUUUCUGAAGAAAAUUAAAGAUCAUAUAUCAGAAGUGAAGAGGACAGCAAAUCCUUUAUUCGAAUUCUCGCGGUCACCGUCUCUUUCGUGUGUGUGUGUCCAUUUUGAUGAAAGUGAGACGAUGUUGAAAGUGAAACAAGAUACUCGGCACCAAUCAAAAUGUUGUGCUCUAUGAAUUUUGUGAGCGCAGAAAUUAAGAGGGGCCCUCCAAG